AUCUAUAAAUAAAGCUAAUGACCCUGGUUAGAGAGGGGUUGGUUGGGUUGGGGAACUUCCCUGAUAAGUAAUUCUUAGAAAAUGGCCGAACCAGACAAAGAAGGAAUAGCAGCAUAUUUCCCUGACGAUUUCAAGCAAUAUCUGGACACUCAACUCAGCCACUGCCCAGCGGUGGAUCAUUUUGAUGGUGAAGAUGUCUUCUGUGGAUGGGUUUUCUGGAGCCGAGAAGACGACCAAUCCGAACAUCCUCCGAAUAUUUUGGAUUUAAAAAAGAAGAUCAAAGAUCUGCUUCGAAAAGGUUUAGACUGUUGGUUAGAAUCUCCAGCACUAAUUCAAUUUUGGGCACCCAAAAUGACCAUGGAUGGCCGGUCUUAUCUUACAACUCAAAACCAACCUUUCGCUCUUUCUACAUCUGAGGAAGAAAUUGAUGAUGUUAAAGGACUUUGUGGGUAUAGGAUGAUCUCUAAGGACUAUAAAUUUUACAUGGAUAGAGAGAGUUCUGAUGAACAACUUGGGGUUCCUGGCCGUGUGUUCAACCACGGAUCUCCCGAAUUCUCUCCCAAUGUAGAAUAUUACUCUAUCAAAGAGUAUCCAUUGCGCCACCAUGCUUUACGUUGCCAAGUUGAACAAUCUUGGGCUAUCCCACUGUUUGAUCCUUCUACCCUCUUAUGCGUUGGUGUACUUGAGAUAGUUUCAACAGCGCGCCGCGGCAUUGAUUUCCUGGUUUUGCAUGAUUAUUUGGAGGAGGUAGGUCUGGAAUAUUCAAUUUCACAUGCAGACCAUGACACGGAUGACACGGAUUUAGUUCAGAAAGUGAUACAAAAAAGCCAUGCCUUUAAUGAAAUCCGCAAGGUGUUGGAAGUUGUGUGUGAAGAUCAUGAUUUACCUUUGGCUCAAGCAUGGGCUCUGGUUAAGGGUGACAUUUUCCAUGUGAUUCAGAGUUUCGAGAAAUCUGGGUACUUCGAGUUCAGCCGGGUCAACGGUGUAUCUCACUUAAGAAAGUGGCAAGGAGUUGUUGGGAGAGCAUUCUCGUCCCCUAAUGUAUUAUUUUGCAAGGAUGUAACCCAACUUAGCAUGAUUGACUACCCAUUGGCACACUGUGCACGACUUCAAAAAUUAGGUUGUUGUUUCGCAAUAGGCUUGCAAAGUAGUUGCACCGGAAAUGACAUUUACGUGUUAGAGUGCUUUAUGCCGCCAAGCAACAAAGACUAUUAUGGUAAUCAACAGACUGCAUUGAGGAAAAUAUUGGAAACGAUGAAGAAAAUUUUUCAUACUUUUAAGCUUGCUUCUGGAGAAGAACUUGGGGGACAUUUAUAUAUUGAAGAAAUUCCUUUUCAGAAUGGUGAGAAACUUGAUUCUAUUCAAAUGUCCCAAACUACUAAAUCUUUGCCUAGGCUGGAGCCCUUACAAAGUGGAGGAGAGAUGACACAACUGGAUUUAUCGAAUCAACAAUCAAUGGAUGCAUUAAACAAUGAAAGCAAUGUUGUAAGUGCGGAACGAGGCAACAUUGAUGUUACUUGUUCACAGGAAAAAGGCAAAACAAAGAGGCCAAAAAGAGGGCACAAUAAAACUGGAGUUAAAAUUGAAAUUCCUUUAGAUGAUAUCCUACAAUAUUCAAAAAUGAGCCUCAUGGAUGCUGCAGAUAACCUCCAAGUUGGCAUAUCUACACUGAAGCGUGUUUGUAGAGAUUAUGAUAUACCGAGGUGGCCACCACGCAAGAAGAAUAUGGGUGGUUGCUGUCAACCUAGUGAAUCUUCCCCGGGUGUUGAUCAUCAACAAAUACCACAAUUAAGUUCUGAUCAGCCUUUUAGUCAAGCCUCAGCUGCUGUUGUUCAUGCAAACCCACGUAAUACAGUGAUCCAAGAUGCAAAUAUUGUGACCGUGAAGGUAAAAUAUAUCAAUGAUAUUAUAAUGAAGUUUUCGUUGUCUUUGUCAUCGGGACUAGUUGAGUUGCAGCAACAAAUCGCCAAUAGACUGCACUUAGAGGAUGGAACUUAUUAUGUCAAGUAUAAAGAUGAGGAUGACGACUUAAUUGCAAUAGUUUGUGAUCAGGACUUGCAAGAUUAUAUAAGCAGUUCUAAAUCGCUGGGCAGCACUACCAUCAUGGUAUUCAUUGUUCCAAAGUAGUCAAUUAUUAGUGACCAACUUGAAUCAUUUCAGUUUUUUUUGUUGUUGCUAUAUUUUCUUUUGUUCUAUCUUAUGAUUCUAGAGAUGGUUGUUGCUAUCA